AGGUUCAUUAUUAAACUAUUAUUAUUGAACAAGUAAAUCAAAUCCUAUUUGGCUGUUGUCUGAUUCCUCAUUCAAAUGCCAUUUUUCUUCAAACCUAUGACCAUGACUAAUCAUAUCGAUCAAAAAUUACAGAACAGAAAGGGACCAAAUUUACACUAGUAAAUGACCAAUACAAAGACCCAAUAUCCAGCAGAUAUUAAUCAAUAGGCUUUAGCUUAGGUUAAAAAGAAGCAGAGUUGUUGGGUUUUUGUGGAUACUAUCGAGAUUGAUCUCUAUUUCAAAGCUGGACGAAUUGGUGGUCAUUGAAUUUUGCAUUUGUGUUUGUAUUGAUUUGUCAAAGGUGGGAUUUUUAUCUAUUCUUUGUCUUGAUCUAAAGGGAAUUGAGUAAUUGAUCCUUACUUUAAAGAUUUUGAGAAGAACUAGGUGGAAACAGUGAAGAAAAAAUACAUGUUCAGAUCCCACUUCUGACAAAGUUGCCUCUUUUGUUCAUAAAAAAACAAGAGAGAUGGAUAUUGGAUUGUCAAAGAUUGGAGUUAAAAUGACUAAAGCUGUAAUCUUUCCGAUUAAAGUGUGUUAUAGGACAGUUUGGAAUCAUCCAUUCCUUGUGUGUAUGCUGUGUUUCUUGGCAUUUCUGUACACAUCAUUUCCUUUUGUAUUUUCCCUAUUGGUGACAGUCUCACCUGUUCUUGUUUGCACUGCUCUUCUGCUUGGAACUUUGCUAAGUUAUGGUCAGCCUAACAUACCCCAAUUUGAAAUGGAAGAAAAUACAGCUGAUGGUAUAAUGCCUCUGAAAACUAGGUUGUCACGAGAUGUUAGUCGUGUUGAGAGUGACAAUAGAUAUACUGAUCAAGAGAGGGAUAAAGUAGACCAGUCAACUGAUAAAUCUAGCUUGCUUAGUGAGGUUCAUAGAGGUCAAAGAUUUGGCGAUCAUUCUCCUCUAGUUGAUGGAGUUUCUCGGGAAGUGGCAAGGGAGUUUCAUGAGCAGAAGAAUGAAGAGAAAAUUGGUGAUGAGGAUCUUAUGGAGAAUCAGUACUCUCCCUCCUCGAAGGCUGACGAUGAGAGUGUUGAAUUUGAUAACGACAAAUCAGUUGAUUCCUUCGAUUCUAGAAGGGUUAACCUUGAUUCUCCUCCCGGUUCACCUUGGAAACAAAGGGAGGAGGAAUACAACGAGGCCUUAGAUUCAGGGUCUGAUCGAGCAGAGAGCUCUUCUCCGGAUGCUUCAAUAGCUGAUAUUAUGCCAAUGCUUGAUGAGUUGCAUCCGCUUUUAGAUGAAGACAAUCCUCAACCUGUCAAUAUUUCGCAUGAUGUUUCUCAUGCUGCUUCAGAGAGUUCCAGCGAGUCCUCCGAGGGUGAUAAUGAAUCUGAUGAUGGUUCUGAAGACCAGGAAGAACUAGCAGCUGCAGAUGAUGAGAACGAAGACGAAGAAGAAACACGAGACAAAGAAGAUCCAAAGUCUGCUAUUACAUGGACAGAGGAGGAUCAGAAGAAUCUAAUGGACUUGGGAAGCUCUGAGCUAGAAAGGAAUCAACGGUUAGAGAGUCUUAUUGCAAGGAGAAGAUCAAGGAAGAACAUGAGUUUGAUAGAUGAGAAGAAUUUGAUAGACUUGGUAAGUGCUAAUUUUCCAUUAAACAUCCCUCCCAUUUCAACAGCAAGACAGAACCCUUUUGAUCUUCCUAGUGAUAACUAUGACCUUGGACUGCCUCCUAUCCCUGGCUCUGCUCCAUCUAUUUUAUUACCGAGGCGGAACCCGUUUGAUCUUCCUUAUGACCCAAGUGAAGAGAAACCUGAUCUUACAGGAGACAAUUUCCAACAAGAGUUUAUCACAUCUCAACCAAAAGAGCCAUUUUUUAGGAGGCAUGAAAGUUUUAGUGUUGGACCCUCAAUCUUUGGGCUGAACAAGCAAGACAAGAAAGAUAUACGCUUGAGACCUUAUUUUGUUCCUGAUAUGAUGGCUUCUGAAAGAACAAGUUAUUCACCAUUUCAAAGGCAUCCUAGCGAUCUCAGUGAUUCUAAGGUAAGUUCUGCUCUUGAAACAGAGUCACAGGGUUCUAUUGAAGAUCUGGAAGACAAGAACCUCACUGAAGAAGAUGUAGAAGACAAGAACCUGAAUGAAGAACAUAUCUUCAAGGAACCAGAGCUGAUAUCUAAGAUAGAGAAUGCUGCUGAUGAUGUCGGACAUGGAAGCCAAUCCUCCGAAGAAGUUGAAUGUCUGGUCCUAGGUGCAGCUGAUAAGAGAGAUAUUGAACUCGAUGACACUGAUGUUAAACUGCAGAAUGUGGAAAAUCGUCAUAAAGUGGGACCAAUUGUGUUCCAUGAAGAAACAGCGGCCAGUUCCAUGGAACUUGAUCCGUCUAAAAUUAGUUCAAAGUCAGAAACUUCUGAACAAAAAUUUAGUAGUCAGUCAAGCUCCUCUUCAUCGUCAGAAGUAAGUGAAAGGACCUUUGCUGACAAAGAAGUAGUGAGAUUAAGUUCAGAGGAAGCAAUGAGUCAUGUUGAAACCAUCUCCGGGCAACCUUCACCAAAUGGGUCAGAUCUAAACAUCACAAGCAAUUCAGUGGACGAGAGCUUACAUUUGGAACCUAUUUAUGAUGCCAGUCCUCCUUCCAUUAAGAAAAAUAUUUCUUCCUCCUCAAUUGCUUCAGAUCCACUUCCAGACUCUGAAAUGGAGUUGCCCCCUGAAUUGGUUAAAAGAACUGUUUCUUUUAUUGAGAGGGAACCUAAUAAUCAAGACAUUGAGAAGUCCAUUCCGACUAAUGAACGGAUUCUUUCAUCAGUAGAUUCCCAAGAAUUGCGGCCGAGAGAGCCGGUAAUGGACAGAGAUGAUCUUGAUGUUGCAAAGUCGGAGGUAUCAAAAUGUGAUGAAGUCUUUGGCAGUGCAAGUGCUCCUCCACUACAUGUACGAGAGACUCAGGCAUCUAUUGACUCAAAAUCGUCCAAAAAAGAGCCACCUGUUUCCCCAGUUGAGUCAUCUGAGAAAGAAGGCACCACGGAGAGCUUGAAUGUGUCAAAAAUCCAGGAAGUUGUUCCUCCUAUUGUCAACUCUCCCAGGAGUCCCGAGUCUGCUCCUGAGCCACCUAAUGCUAAGGUGAAAACUAAAGAAUCUGAAAGUUCGAAAAAUGGACCAGUGCCUAAAGUGUCAAGUUUGAAAGACCACGAGAUGGGAUUACCAACUGUUGAACCAAGACCAACUGAAGAUGUUGAUUUGAUUCAUAAGCAUCUUCCUGAAGAGGAUGCUGAAAGACCCCUUGCAAGAGACUCCAAAGGCAAGGGAGCUUCUUCACAUUCACAGAGCGUGGGGACAGACUCAGCUACGAUACAAGUCGUGAAAAACCAUACAGAUAAACCAAACACGAGCUUCCAACGAGAAUCAGAAAUGGGACCAAGUGAAGCCAGCUCAUCCAAGAAUUCUGAAUUAAGUCCUAAAGAAUUUGUUGUAUCUGAAAUAAGUGAAGCUGAUGUUGGAAAAGUAGAUCAUAAAGUUGUAAAACAAGAUGAUAAGGCAACAACCACUGGAAAGCCAGAUCAUGUAGUUGAGUUGCCUCAAGAGACAGGUCUGGUUACAGGUGAUGUUAAAGGCAAGAAAGAGAACCCCACAAGUGAGGCUCAAGUUCAAGUUCAAGCGACUCCGAAAGAGAAUGAGUAUAGCUAGUAUAUUGGGAGAGAGAGAUAGAGGAAUCCUUUGGGUAUUUUCUUUGAAACUUCUUUUUAUUUGUUAGUAAAUGAAUGAUUAGAUGUUCAAGUUGGUGUUUAGGUUAGGAUUAUUCUUUUUUCUUUUUUGAUUGUGCAUUGGUGAUGAACUGCUUCUCCUUCAAGAAUAAGUUUCUAAUUGAUUUCUUGAAGUAUUUUUCUUAGCAGUUCUGGAGAUUAUAUAUAAUAGUGGAGAAAAAGGGGUUAUUCCUUGUUACAGAUAAACAAUGCCUUUUUUGGCAUGUAAAAGUUAUUGUUAAGUGUUUCUGUGGAAAAUAAUAGUGAGAUCAAGUUCCUUUGUUU